UGCUAUUAAAUUAUAUUUUUUUGUUGUUCGCAGUAGUAAAGCGUCAUUAGGCGAUUUGUGUUCUAAAGCCAAAGCCACUGGCACUGUUAUUGUUCACUGUUGAAUACUGUAACUUUCGUCCGACCAACUCUGUGUCGCAUUUAAGUAGGUCAGCAGCAAACAAAGGAACUCACACACACACACACGCAUGAAAACGCACACUCAAACAAAGAUAAGCAGGUAAACAAGCGCAACGCAGAAUUGCACAGAGACGUGAACGAUAGAGGAAACAGCUUUCCAAAAGAAAAUAGAGUCAUGGGACGCAUUUUUCUAGAACAUCUUGGCGGUCUAAAGCUAUUUAAUUGCGCUGAAUGCCAUACUAACUUGACUAAUCGCAGUCAAUUGAUUAGCACUCGUUUCACUGGAGCUACAGGAAGGGCUUAUCUAUUCAAGCGAGUCGUCAACUUGACCUUUAGCAAUAUACAAGAGCGUGUUAUGCUUACGGGUCGACAUAUGGUGCGCGAUGUCAUGUGUAAGAACUGCGGCGCCAAACUGGGUUGGAUGUAUGAGUUUGCAACUGAGGAGGCACAAAAAUAUAAGGAGGGUCGAGUCAUCUUGGAGUAUGCACUAAUCAACGAGGCGGAGGGUUUUCCAUCUGAGGUAGGCGGCAUCAGCCACUGAGUGCAUGGAGCGGAGCUACAGCUCGAGGACAACUAAGCACGCGCGUGUGUGUAUCACAGAGUAUUGAAUAGCAAGACGCAGGCGACAGCUUCUAUAGGGUUAAUCAGUAAUAAUUUAACGCAUGUCGUAGUCACUGCAAACGACCUACGGACAAUUGGCUGUAAUCACUUGCUAUGUGAGUGUGUGCGUGGGCAGUCGUAAUAUCCAGCUCAGCAACAUACUAUCAUAUGUAAUGUAUACAUAAUUAACAGCUAUCAUCAAUGUUACUUAAACGUAGUUUUAGGUAUUUAGAACAUAAGCACCUGCGUGGCGCCCGAUUCAAAAAUAGUUUUAUGAGGCUGAACUGCUAAACAACCUACUCCAAGUUGCUUUGUGGCACCAACGUCAUCCAACCAACCGUUCGGAUAGUAUGAGCUUCAUCCGCUCGAUUUGUCAAACAUUAUUUCUCAUUUUUUUGUAACUUAUAAAAAUCUUCAAGCAAAUAUACCAGA